ACUUUUUCUGUCAACGUGAAACGUCAAACAAGCACCACAACAUUCCGCGAACAUUGAAUGAAUUUAGUAAACUUUACACAAAUAAGAUUUCUUACACUCGGAAGUUACUUAAAAAGAAUGGGUCGUAAAAACCGCCAGUAUAACAAAUUCGCACAGCGAAAACGAGACCGCAAAGAAGCGGAAAAAAAUCCUCAAGAGAAACCCGCAGUAGACACAAGGAAACAUUAUGAAGAUAUUGUAAGGGAGAAUGCGGCCUUUGAAGAGUAUUAUAAGUCACAAAAAGUGUGCCCGUUAGAAGAAUGGGACACUUUCAUGAAGACAUUGAAAGAUAACCUGCCGACAGCUUUCCGUAUCACCGGAUCAAAGUCCGAAGCUGCAGCACUCAUGAAGUUGGUCCAGAGCCAGUACUUCUCUGAGAUUCUGAACUUAAAGUUACAUACAGAUGAAAAUGAAGGGGAGGGAGAGGAAAUCAAGCCUAUUAAUUUGUCUUGGUACCCAGGAGGUUACGCAUGGCAGCUCCGUCUCUCUCGCACAGACAUCAGACGUAACGAGGCUCUGUACAAGUUGCACAACUUCUUGGUAGCAGAGACGGCUGCGGGUGGCGUGUCGAGACAGGAAACUGUAUCCAUGAUACCACCCGUUGUCCUUGAUGUGAAGCCUCAUCAUAAGGUACUAGACAUGUGUGCAGCUCCCGGAUCUAAAACAGCACAGCUGAUUGAGUUUUUACACGCCGAUGAAGAUAAAAUGCCCACAGGAUUCGUAAUGGCGAAUGAUGUUGACAACAGCCGUUGCUACAUGUUGGUGCACCAAGCAAAGAGGUUGAACAGCCCUUGUAUCCUAAUCACCAACCACGACUCCGCCGUCAUGCCCUCACUUAUAGUGUCUGAUGAAAAGAAUCCUGGAUCCACAAAACCUUUGAAGUUCGACCGUAUACUAUGCGACGUCCCGUGCUCCGGUGACGCUACGUUAAGGAAGAAUCCCGACAUAUGGCUCAAAUGGUCGACAGGCAAUGGAAAUAACCUGCACGGCAUCCAAUACCGUGUAUUAAAACGCGGCUGCGAGCUACUAGAAAUAGGUGGUCGUCUAGUCUAUUCGACGUGCUCCUUCAACCCCGUUGAGAACGAGGCGGUCGUACACCGCGUGUUGCAGGAGGCGGGCGACAGCCUGGCGCUAGUCGACGUGGCUGGUAUGCUGCCAGGACUGCAGUAUAAGAAAGGUAUGACAUACUGGCGCCCAGCAUCAAAGGACAUGGUGUUCUAUGAGAAGUACGAGGAUGUGCCAGAGAAGUGGCAGACCGUGGUCAGGCCGCAGAUGUUCCCGCCCAAACCCGAGGACCUGGGCAAAUAUAACUUGGAGAAAUGUAUAAGAAUACUACCGCACCAGCAAGACACAGGCGGUUUCUUCGUGGCUGUCUUCGAGAAACUCUCUGCUCUACCGUGGGAGAAAGAGGAGAAGCCGAUAGAAGUGGAGAAGAGCACAGAGGAGAAGAAGGAACCCCCCAAGAAGAAGAGAAGGAUGGGCGGCUACAGGGAGGAUCCUUUUGUGUUCUUCUCAGGUGACAAAGAAGACGUAUUCCCCUCAAUAAAGGACUUCUACGAUCUGAAUACUGAUUUCGACGCGACCUGUCUCCUCACACGCUGUCACAUCGGCAAGAAGAAGAACAUAUAUCUGGUGUCCCCGAUUGUAAAGGAUGUUGUCUCGAAGAACGAAGCCAGUAUCAAGAUUAUCAAUACAGGUGUUAAGACGUUCGUGAGGUGCGAUAAUAAGAAUAUGACGUGUCCGUUUAGGUUAUCACAAGAAGGUCUUCAGAGUAUAACCCAGUUCAUAGGCCCGAAGCGGCGCCUGCGCAUCCUGCGCGAGGACCUGGUCCUGGUGCUGCAGAGCGACAACCCCAGCAAGCCGCCGGAGGUCAAACUGUUCUCAGAACAUACGCAGAAAUUGAUAGAGGGGUUUGCAACAGGCAGUUGCGUAUUAGAAUACAAAGAGGAGGAUGAAUCAGGCUUGCAGCUGACUCUGGUCGGCUGGCGCGGAGUCAACUCGCUGCGGGCCUACACCGCGACACCCGACACUGUGCACUAUCUGCGGCUGAUAGGGGCCGACUAUAGCAAAUAUGAUGUUAACAAGUUCAAGAAAGCGGAAGUCGCUGAAACUGAAGGCGACGCUGAAAAUGCCAGCAGUGACGUCACAGCCUCCGAAACAGCUGAAGCUUCCACAUCAAGCAUAGACAAACAAAAUGGCGACUCUGACGUACAAAACACGGGAUAACGUACUAUGUUUAUAGUCUAUGAUUUUUUUGUAAUACUAUCUGUAAGAAAUAUUAUAUUUUAAUAGAUAAAAAGAGUUUUUUUCUAGAAU